AUGGAAGACCCAUCAACAUCCAGAGAACAAGGUUUCUGCUUUCCAGAAAUUCCAACUGAAGAAAUGGAUGUUUGGGUUAAGAAUUUGAUCUCUGAAGAAGGAGAAGAAGAAGAUAUGUUUACCUCUUCAGAGCUUAUGAAUUUCGAAUCUUUUGCUUCUUGGUGCAAUACUCCUUCCGCUACAGAUAUCUUGCUCACUCAAUACGGUUUAUCCACCUCUCACUCUCCUACUACUACGCCCUUUGGAGGAUUCAGUGCACUAGCUGAUUCCAAGUCUGCUACUUUGCAAGAUCCUGUUUGUUCUUUCCAUGCUUUAGAAGGCUCCUACGUUGGUGAAAAAAGACCUGUACAAGAGAUGAGCUCUCAGUUCUAUUGCUUAUCUGAUACUGGUAAACGAAGCAAGAGGAAUAGUUUAACCGUUGCAGUAGACUGUAGUGUUCCAAGGUCGUUGAGCUUCUCGCUUGAUGAGAGGAUGCUUAAGGCAUUGAGUUUGUUCAUGGAGUUCUCUGGAGAGGGAAUUCUUGCGCAGUUUUGGACUCCGAUCAAGACUGGAGAUCAGUUCAUGCUUAGUACUAGUGAUCAGGCGUACUUGCUUGACUCGAGGCUGUCUGGAUACCGAGAAGUGUCGAGGAGAUUCACUUUCUCUGCAGAAGCAAACCAAUACUCUUCUCCAGGUCUUCCAGGGAGAGUCUUCAUCUCUGGUGUUCCUGAGUGGACAUCAAACGUCAUGUAUUACAAGACUGUUGAGUAUUUGAGGAUGAAGCAUGCGCUUGAUAACCAAGUUCGUGGCUCGAUUGCUAUCCCUGUUCUUGAAGCAUCUGGGACUUCUUGUUGUGCUGUUCUGGAGCUUGUAACGUGUAGGGAGAAACCAAACUUUGAUUUGGAGAUGGACUCUGUUUGCCGUGCUCUUCAGGCUGUGAACUUGCAAACAUCAACUAUUCCUCGUCGUCAGUACCUUUCGAGCAAUCAAAAAGAAGCUUUGGCUGAAAUAAGAGACGUUCUCCGAGCAGUGUGCCAUGCACAUAGGUUGCCUUUAGCUCUAGCUUGGAUUCCCUGUAGUUACUCCAAGGGGGCGAACUCAGAGGAAAGCUCUCUUCUUUGCGUAGAAGAGACGGCAUGUUAUGUUAAUGAUGUGGAAAUGGAAGGUUUUGUGAAUGCAUGUGUGGAGCAUUGUCUAAGAGAAGGGCAAGGUAUUGUUGGCAAAGCACUCGUAUCAAACAAACCGUCUUUCUCAUCCGAUGUGAAGACGUUUGAUAUCUGCGAGUACCCUCUUGUUCAGCAUGCUCGAAAGUUUGGCCUUAAUGCUGCUGUUGCUACCAAACUUAGGAGCACGUUCACCGGAGACAAUGAUUAUAUACUUGAGUUUUUCUUGCCUGUGAGUAUGAAGGGAAGCUCAGAACAACAACUUUUGCUGGACAGUCUCUCUGGCACCAUGCAGAGAAUUUGUCGGACACUGAGAACUGUUUCUGAUGAAGUUGGGUUUCGUAGUGGAGAGAUAAUGUCAAAUCUCCCAGAGAAUAUUGUAUCCGAAGGAAGCUUUCAGACAACAUUUCUGGAUACUGAUGUCAUUUCUACGCGAAGUAUCUUCUUGAACAUCUCCUCUGAUACAGCAAAUGAUAUAGCAAGCUCUCAGGGAACUCUUCAACAGGAAAUUAGCGGAACAAGAAGAUCAGAGAAGAAGAAAAGCAGUACAGAGAAGAACGUGAGCUUAAGCGUUCUCCAACAAUACUUCUCUGGAAGCUUAAAGGAUGCUGCAAAGAGCCUUGGUGUUUGUCCGACUACGCUAAAACGGAUAUGCAGACAACACGGAAUCAUGAGGUGGCCAUCUCGCAAGAUCAACAAAGUGAAUAGGUCACUAAGGAAGAUACAGACGGUGCUGGACUCUGUUCAAGGUGUAGACGGAGGACUUAAGUUUGACUCGGUAACAGGGGAAUUUGUAGCAGUUGGGCCUUUUAUACAAGAGUAUGAUCCUCAAAAGAGUCUAUCUUCUCACCAUGACGACGCAUUAGAGCUUUUUAAAGCUAAGUCUUAUGACGGUGGUGAGGUUAAGUUGGAGGAGGGUCUUGAAACAAACCAAGCAGGACAAGGAGCCUUGAUGGAGCCAUGGGCUUGGAUGAACAAACAGUCUAGUGAUGAUUUCGAUAUAAGGAAACGGAGUGAAGAGGUAAAGAAGGAUAAAGACAUUUGUGUGCGAAGGUGUUUGAGCUCUCUAGCACUUGCAGAUGAUAGACAAAACGCAAGAGUCGAGUGUGGUAUUGGUAUUGGUGAACCAAACCAAUCAAUCUCCAGCAGCAUGUCGGAUUCAUCGAACGGUUCAGGUGCGGUUAUGGUUGGAAGCUCAUCAAACUCCAUGGAACAAGACUGGAGCCAAACAAGAACUCAUAACAACAGCGGCGAGAGUGGAUCAGUACUUACCGUAAAAGCCACUUACAGAGACGACACUGUACGUUUCAAGCUUGAUCCGCACGUUGUUGGUUGCGCUCAGCUCUACAAAGAAGUUGGCAUGCGUUUCAAGCUGCAAGACGGCGCGUUUCAGUUGAAAUACUUGGAUGAUGAAGAAGAAUGGGUGAUGCUUGUCACAGAUUCUGAUCUCCAUGAAUGCUUAGAGAUAUUAAACGGUAUGAGGAAACAAACGGUGAAGUUUCUGGUCCGAGAUUUACCUGGCGCCGCGGUUAAUGGAAGUUCCGGAGGCAGCAACGGGAAAAACAAAAAAUACUCUUUUUUUUCUCUCGUUUCGCUUCAUCUCUCCGCCUCCGUAACACUCUUCUCGCUGCCACUCCUCUCCGACUCUCCGGAGCAGAUGACGAGCAAUAUAAUCUUGUUCGAGGAUAUCUUCGUGGUCGAUAAGCUAGAUCCUGAUGGCAAAAAGUUCGAUAAAGUAACGCGUGUUGAAGCUCGAAGCCACAACUUGGAAAUGUUUAUGCAUUUAGAUGUUAACACAGAGGUUUAUCCGAUGGCUGUUGGUGAUAAGUUCACACUCGCUAUGGCUCCCACUCUUAACCUCGAUGGAACCCCUGAUACCGGAUAUUUCACUCCGGGAGCGAAGAAAACGCUUGCGGAUAAGUACGAGUACAUCAUGCACGGGAAGCUUUACAAGAUCACUGAGCGUGACGGCAAAACUCCAAAAGCAGAGCUAUACGUUUCGUUCGGAGGCCUCCUGAUGUUGCUCCAGGGAGAUCCAGCUCACAUUUCUCACUUUGAACUCGACCAGAGGCUCUUUCUUCUCAUGAGGAAGCUAUAA